AUGCUAUCAAACAGUCAGGACAUACCGCACAUUCAAGAUCCUCAGACCAUGUCAGAUUUGCCGGAGCCAGUUAUACCUCCUGACAUCGUCCUUUCCGCUUGUCUUCAAAGCAGGUCGGACUUUGGUAUUUCAUCUCUAUCGGUUACCGAGCCUUCGGGCUCCAAUCUCACCACACACUCGCGCAGAGUUUCAGGGGCCUCUGACAUUUCCGACGUUUCUGAUGUGAGCGUUGACGAAAAUUCCACAAGCGUGUAUGAUGUUGAAAGUGAAACCGCUCCGAUAAUGCCUUUUUUCUCUCCUACUUUCCAGCGCUCUUUGAAGGAAGGCUUAGAGAUCGCGCAACGCACUACCAUAGCCUUGGAGAAACUGAAACCCUUCCUCGUUCCCGGUAGCCGUGGUGGGGAGCUAAUGGCAGAUGGGAUGCGAUUCAGCAGCUUCCGUGGCUGUGAUACAAGAACAAUAGCCCUUCUAGGGGACUCUGGGGAAGCAGGGAAGAGCAGCCUCAUAAAUUCCUUGCUUCAUUUCCCGGAUAUCGCUGCAACGGGUGAUUUAGGCGCAGCAUGCACCCCGGUCGUCACUGAGUAUAGGAAACUGACAAUUGACCAAAGCGGUCCCAUUGCGAUUGAGAUAGAGUAUCUAUCAGCCGAUGAGAUUGAUAAGCUUAUAGGAGAGUUAAUCUGGAAUUAUCGACAGCCUUUUCUUCCCAUGGCUCAAGGUAAUGGACUGACUGAUGCAGAGUAUGUACAGUGCCAGAGAGAAUCUGAUCAGGCGUGGUCGGCUCUGGAAGCUGCAUUCAAACAUCAAAGUCAAUUCAAAGAAGAAUUUCUCUCGGACAUGUCUGAUGGAGCAUUGGAAAGGGUUACAGAACGAUUAACCUUAUGGGCAAGAGAUAUUCCCUGGCCAGAAGGCGAUGAUGGUACAGGUAAAUGGUCAUCAUCGGCGCAAAGUGUAGAGGAGUGCUACGAAAAGACAAAGGCCUUCAUGGAAGAUAGGUUGUGGCCAUUCACAAAAAUCAUUCGGAUUUACCUCGAUGCUCCCAUUUUGAAUGGAGGCAUUGUGCUAGCAGAUUUGCCAGGUUUGCAAGACACUAACCUGGCCAGAGUGCAAGCUACGCAGAAGUAUUUGAUGAGGUGUGAUAAUAUAUUCCUGGUCACCAAUAUCGCUAGAGCGAUUACGGACUCGUCCCUCAAAUCGUCUAUCUACAACGUCAUCUCUCGCCAUGUCCCUGCAGAAUGGGAAAAGUCUGCCGGAAAAAAUUUGAAACUUGCUGUUGUUUGCACAAAGUCAGAGAGCAUCAACCAAAGAAAUGCCGAACGGGAAUUCUGCGGACCGGGCAAGAAAAUUCCAAGGCCUGUCUUAGACAAUUUGGAUAGGGAUAUCAGGCUUGCGAAAGCUAACGAUGACCAAACACUUAAGAAGGAACUAAAACGAAGGCAGCUUCUACUCAUAGACGCACGGAACUGUCAUGUUAAAAACGGGCUGCAGUCGGCGUAUAAGAUGCUAGGCGGAAACUUGGAAGUUUUCUGUGUGUCAAACACAAUGUAUGAGAAGUUCUCGAGCAAGCCGGAUAGUGAGGGAGCUCGUCGGAUGAUUGACGGCAGCGGAAUCCCAGAGCUUCGAAGAUUCUGCCUGUUAAUCACUGCGGAGGCAAGGUUGGUAGAAGCUAAACACUUCCUCCAGUCUUCGCUCUCUAGCUUGCUUUCCUCUAUCGAUAUCUGGGCCAAUAUUGCCCCAAACCCGGUGAAUGGGGGUGAUGAUGACGAUCCAGCCGUAUGGGAUAUAAAGAUAAAAGAAAUAGAGCGCGUCGAUGCCAUUAUUAUGAAAGCCUCGAGUGAAUUCAACGACGCAUUUGAUGAACAAAUACUCCGCUCUUUCCACUAUAGAAAUGACCAUUGGGCAAAACAAGCAAAGGAGGAAGGGAAUAAGUGGGCCGAUUGGCCUUGGACACAAUACAAUGCAUGGUGUAUCAAAAACGGCGACCAUUGCACCCCACGGCGGGGGCGGGUGAACUGGAACAAUGAACUUAUUUGGAAGAUGCGAAUAGAACUUGAGAGUCAGUGGGAACUACUCGAGGAGGAAGUACCUACCACGUUCAAAAAGCUUCGGAAGUCUGUCAUAGGCCAGAUACACGGCCUAGAAAAACAACUGCAAAGCAAAGGGUGUCCUCCAACUUUGAUCAAGAGCCUUCAUUACCGCAUUCAAGAUAUCAAGUACAGAUUCAGUCUCAUACAGAGGGAUUUUGCAAGUGAAAUACACAGGCUUACCCGUGGCAUGGCAUCCGAACCUAGUCAAUCGUCUUACAUUGUGAUGGAGAUGCUUCCGGCAUAUCGGAGUGCCAGCCAAGAGAAGGGUACUGGAAAAGCCGCCCGUCAGAGAAGGCGAGUCCAAGGUCGAAUCGAAGAUGGGACCCUGUUCCCUAACAUAUCCUUCGCCAUAGCCUCCCGCAUACAAGAAGCCAUCGUGGAUAGUUUUGCCCUGCUAUGUGACGUUGCGCAGGAGAAUUUCGGGCGCAUCAUGAAAGAUACCCUCACAGCGGCCGCACAGUGGAAAAGUAUCCAUGGCUCGAAAAGCUAUGCCGCCAAUCGGGCGAGGAAGGAAGCCGAAGAAGAAGAGCGUUUGAAAAAGGCGGAACUGGCACAUGAGAUCGCAGCGCUGAAGGUCGAGCACAAGCGCAUCCUAGAGGACAUCUCUGGUUUUUGA